AGCCAUUGAAGGUUUUAAGUAAGAAAAUGAGACGAUCGUGUCUUAAAAGACGGCUUUACUCCUUGGAAAAUAGAUUGUAGGAUGAAUUAUGGAGUUAAUGAGUUUGGUGACCAUAGGUUGGCUCGGAAAGGAAGGAGAGUGGGUUUUGUAAAAGGGAUAAAGGAGCAGGACCUUGAGCUCAGCGCAUUUGGGAGAGACCACUAUUUCCUAUCCGGAGGAGAGGGAGCGGGAGAAUGCAGAAAGGAAGUUUGGACUACAUGAUGGCUCAAGGCUGUUUCUUGUGCUGCAUCUCUACCAGAUAAACUUCUGCCUGCUGCGUGCUUCUAGACACACCUCCUGAGCCCCUGUCCACACAUAGAGUCACAGUGAGCAUCCGGGAUACACAGGUGAUCCUGCCCAGCCCAGCCCUGGUCUCUUUUGCGUAUCUCCAAGAUUUCGCUUAUGUUGGUCUCUCUGAAGUCACUUGCAGAAACUCAGCCCUGCUAGUCAUCCCUCAGUGCCACAGCCUGCCAAGAGCAAACCCAUGAGCAUCUGGAGAGCCAUCAUGAAGAAGCCACGAACAGCUGUGAGGAGUCAUCACAGGAAACAGGCAUCCCACCAGGAGGGAAAAAAGAAGUGUGUCCUUAGCAGCAGUCGGGUCAAGCCUUCUACCCCAAAUGCAGACUUGGCCAGGCGGCAGAAGGACGUGGUGUUGCAGGCCUUCUCCCCGUACCAUCUCUUCAGAGACACAGCUGAGGUCACAGUCUUUCGGGAGAAGCUACUGAGCUGGUACGACCGAGAGAAGCGGGACCUACCCUGGAGAAGGCGGGCGGAGGGGGAGGUGGACCUGGACAGGCGGGCAUAUGCUGUGUGGGUCUCAGAGGUCAUGCUGCAGCAGACCCAGGUUGCCACGGUGAUCGACUAUUAUACCCGAUGGAUGCAGAAGUGGCCAACGCUGCAGGACCUGGCCAGUGCUUCCUUGGAGGAGGUCAACCAGCUCUGGGCGGGCCUGGGCUACUAUUCUCGAGCCCGGCGGCUGCAGGAAGGAGCCCGGAAGGUGGUAGAGGAGCUAGGCGGCCACGUGCCACGUACAGCAGAGACCCUGCAGCAGCUCCUGCCUGGCGUGGGGCGGUACACAGCUGGAGCCAUUGCCUCCAUUGCCUUUGGACAGGCAGCCGGUGUGGUAGACGGGAAUGUCGUACGGGUCCUGUGCCGAGUCCGAGCCAUUGGUGCGGACCCCAGCAGCACCCUCGUCUCCCAGCAUCUCUGGAGCUUAGCCCAGCAGCUGGUAGACCCUGCCCGGCCCGGGGACUCAAACCAAGCGGCCAUGGAGCUGGGGGCCACAGUGUGCACCCCGCAGCACCCACGCUGCAGCCAGUGCCCAGUGCAGAGCCUGUGCCGUGCACACUGGAGGGCGGAGCGGGAACAGCGCUUGGCCCUGCAGAACCUGCCAGGCAGCCCCGACGUGGAGGAGUGCGCUCCCAGCACGGGGCAGUGCCAGCUGUGUGCGCCUCCCAUGGAGCCCUGGGACCAGACCCUGGGAGUGACCAACUUCCCCAGAAAAGCCAGCCGCAGGCCCCCCAGGGAGGAGUGCUCUGCCGUCUGUGUUCUGGAGCAGCCCAGGGCCCGUGGAGGUCCUCGAAUUCUGCUGGUGCAGAGGCCCAGCUCAGGUUUGCUGGCAGGACUGUGGGAGUUCCCCUGUGUGACUGCAGAGCCCUCCGGGCCAUGUGAACUCGAGGCCCUGCUGGGGGAGCUGCAGCGCUGGGCUGGGCCCCUCCCAGCCACCCACCUCCAGCACCUGGGGCAGGUGGUCCACACCUUCUCUCACAUCAAGCUGACAUAUCAAGUAUACAGUCUGGCCCUGGACGGGCACACCCCAGUGACCGCCAUGCCACCUGGCGCUCGCUGGCUGACCCGCGAGGAGUUUCACACUGCUGCUGUCUCCACCGCUAUGAAAAAGGUGUUCCGUGUGUAUGAGGGCCAACAGCCAGGCACCCGCAAGGGUUCCAAACGGCCCCCAGUGUCUACUCCAUCCAGCCGGAAAAGGCCCGGCCCGGGCCAGCAAGUCCUGGAUAAUUUCUUCCGGCCUCACCUCCCCACGGAUGCACCCCACCUCAACAGUACGGCCCAGUGACGCCUCUGCAAGCCCCCACUUCCUGAGAAUCCGUUUUUGGCUUUUUUUUUUUUUUUUUAAAUAAAGUACUUAUUUUUAUAGUC